CAGCGUUUGAGAUAAAUGUGGCGUCCAUACCAACGGUAACGUAAACUUGAACAGACUUUUAUUCAAGUCUGUAUUUUCGCCUUAUUGUUGCCAUAUCAUACUAGCUUAAAAAGUACACUGGAACAUGGCAGAUGAAUCUGGAGAUAAGAAUGGAGAAAAUAACAAAACAGAUUCUUCAUUACAUGGAACUCGUAUCACUCCACAGCUCCUGAAGGCACAGAGUGGAGAGUUUGAAGUGGAUAGUAUAUUUAGCCUCAACCUCAGACAACAAGAUAUUGAUGAUCUUGGAGCUAUUGGAUCAUGUUCAUGCCUUCAGCGACUGGACAUAAGUAGGAAUGAUUUAACAAGUCUAAAGACCCUGACCCCUCUGAAACAACUAGUCUAUUUAAAUGUAGCUGCCAACAGAAUAUCAAGUCUUGAGCCUUUGAAGGAGAUGGAGAAUUUACGAAGUUUAAAUGCCGCUGGGAAUCUCAUUUCAAGUCUUGAAUCAGUGUAUGCCCUAUCAAAUCUGCCGAACCUUCAAGACAUGCGAUUCCAGGACACCUUGCAAGAUUGGAGCAAUCCCAUUUGUAACAGCACUACCUAUAGGUCAGCAAUGAUGUCUCACUUCUGCCACUUGAAAGCUUUGGAUGGAGAGAGAUUGUGUGGGAAAGGAAGUGAAGUCUUCACAGCUCUCAGACAGCUUGAUAGAGAAUUAGCAAAGUGUGAUGAACAUUCAGGAGAUCAUGUGACAAAAAAAUCCUCCGGUUCUUGGGUGGAGAAAGGAUUCUGGGAUACGUGCCCUGAGCAGAAGAAAGAGAUUGACGAUACAGAGAAAUUGAUCAAAGAAAUGCUUCUCGACUGCAGGACGUUAAGCAAUGUGGCACUUCAUAAAAUACAGCAGACGUGACAGGAUGAGAGAUGAUUCACAGCUCUUAACAGGUCAGGACAAUCAGAAGCUCUAGAUGUAUCAUCCAUCGCCUCUCAACAUGCUACCAAAGAAGGCAGAAUUUGGAUGGCUUACAAUUGCGGAUCCAAUAUUUUAUGGGGUGUGAAUUUGUAAAAGAAAAAUUGGCCCCCCAAAAGGUCAUCAAUCACAAACGAAGGGUAUAAUGAAGGGCAUUCCAUCUCCUGUAGAAAAGAGCAUCGCUCAUUUUACAUGGUGCGCCCUCACCUUC